UUUAUUCAUGUGGUUCUUAUAUUGCCUGCGUCUCACUUUUCAUAUUAGCAUCGAGACACGCGGCCACUAGCCACGAUUCAGCGAGCUCCGGUAGAAGAGCUCCGGAGUAUAUCCCGACCAAUAUGCGUAACGGAGUCUUUAUGGUGCGGAUAUAGUAACGUUGACAAUGAUGCGGACGGUAUCAAAUAGGGCCUUGCCGCUUGCUGCCCGCUAUGCCUCUGUUCUGUUAGCCGCCUUCCUCGUCUACUACGUCAUUCGCGAGCCUUUGACUAUAGCUGUCAGUAAUAUAUCAUUUUCACGAAAUGGUGAUUCUUCUGCUCCCGGGCUAGGGCGCGAUCGAGAUGGCCUUCUCCUUAUCGGUGGCAAAGAAGGCACCAAUGGCGAGGAAGCCAACAAGGGCCCGGCUAUUGUAGCUCAAGCUGUCCAUGAAAAGAACGUGGAGAAGCCAAUGAGCGAGGGACAGGACGUUAUAAAGUACGUCAAAAAAUACAAGCCAGAAUCAAUUCCAUCCGCCCCUAUUGGAGACCAUUUCCCCUGGCUCACGCAUUCUAACUCUCCACCACCGGUCCUCGAAAACAACCUACCUCCCUAUCCACACGUUGAGGAAGCGACGCCACUAUUUAUAGGCUUCACACGAAAUUGGCCGUUGCUGUUACAAUGUGUGAGUAGCUAUAUUGCGGCAGGGUGGCCGCCGGGGGAUAUCUAUGUGGUUGAGAAUACAGGCACGUUCCACGCGAAUCGGGAACAUAAGCUGGAAUUGCAAAACCCCUUCUUCCUCAACUAUACGGCACUGGAUAUUCUUGGCGUGAAGGUCUUAGAGACGCCAACUCUACUUAGCUUUGCCCAGUUACAGAACUUUUUCCUACACACGGCGCUGGAGCGUGACUGGCCUUUUUUCUGGUGGAGUCACAUGGACGUGUUGGUAUUCAGCGACGAGGAUGUCAAGAAGAACGACCGCGAUCACGAUUGGGACCACGACCCGUACGCGACUAUUUAUGAGCGCUGUGUCGGAUUGCUGCGAUACCUAAACGGCCGGGAUAUGCCGCCGUGGGCUACCCACUUCUUCGAGUACGACCAUCUCGCCUUGGUGAACCGCGACGCGUACCUCGAGGUCGGCGCCUGGGACACGCAUAUCCCAUACUAUGCCUCCGACUGCGAUAUGUACCUACGCUUGCACUGGGAGGGGUACUGGCAGCCGCAAAGCGAAGCAGGUCUUGUGUUUGACGUUUCCACGGUGCUUGACGAUAUUAUGGCGCUAUUCCGAGUUCCAGGUGCGCAUGCUACAUUCAAGGGAGACUCAGUGUACGCGGCAGGUGGCGACGAUGCCUCCGAUUCUGAGAAAAUUCAUCGGGAAGCGGAGCUGAAGCGCGAGCAGGACAUGUGGUCGUGGGUAGACAAGGAGGGGGAGACCUUUGCCCACCUAGUCGAAGUGGCGAGUCGUAUGCAGGAUCUCAAAUUGGUAGACGAAGGAGUGCAGCGCAACGCAUGGCAGACGCGGCAGACAGGCGGGCAGGCGGAUCCCUUCUAUCGCAAUCCGGAAGGAUUCGCGGCAGGGCUUGAGACGCUGGUUGACGCCGGACGCCGGGUUUUUGCCGAUAAAUGGGGACAUCGCGGGUGCGACUUGUUAGCCAUGGAUAUCGAGGGUAAAGAUGAGUGGCGCCUCGAGCGCGACUGGGAUAUAAAAGAGAGCCCUGGAAGCGAGGGGGGGAAUUGGGGGAAGGAUUGGAUGCCGGGAAGUGAGGAUUUGAAUAAGUCGUAAGCGGGUGAGAAAGGAUAAAGAAAAAGGGGAUGGUGUGAAUAGGGGUUACGUACCUAUAUAUAGUGGAGGAAGUAUCGUGUCUUAGGUGAUAGAUGGUGACGAUUUUGGACUUUAUGUAUAUAUUAUGAAGGCGUUUCUGGAUGGAUGGUAUGGAAUAGAGUAUAACCUAGGCGUUAUUAAGGUGAUCGUAUAUUCAAAACGCUUGCGGAUAAAUAAAUAUCUAUAUAUAUAAGAUUUUACGGUAAAAUACUAAUCACGAAG